CACCGUGUGAUUGGCUUCGGCGUCAUUCCCAAGUGGACCUAACUAUUCAUUCACAACGACUGCAUGCUUUGGUCGUCUUGUUGCAAAUACCAAUGGACCCAUCGACACAGUGAACGUUGCUCUGCUAAGCCGAAAGGCUGCCUCUGGCCCUGCGCAGCCUGCACUCACUUGUCAACUGUGCACUGCGCCUUAGCGUGCUUCGUCUUUUGUUUACUUUGUAUUGCCUCCGUGGAUGGGUUGGAUAGAGUACCAGUACCGCUUCUCCUGCUUCAGAACCAAUCAACCUCUGAGCGCAUCUCACCCGCGCCCUUGACUGAAGCUCAACCAACCCAGCUCGCCAUUAAUUCACAACCCCAAUAACAAUGUGGCCUUCGGUCCCAGCGUACAGAAGCUUCGCCAAGAUAUCAUGUCCCUCAGGUGCCUCCUGCGCACUUCCUCACUGCAUUUUCGGUCAUGAUGCUGCUAGUUCACCUGACAGGUCGCCCUCCCCCUCCCCGGUAGUAACCGUAUAUGGCCCUCAGACGGUUGCAAAACACUCACAGCUUAAUGAAAAUGCACCUGGAGCCGCUCCUGCACCGAGGCAACUAGGCCCUAGCGCUUCGGUCAACCCAACCAUGUCCAAGAGCAAGGUGCCACCGACAAACAAAGAACCAGAACCAGCGCAGACUCUGGUGUCGAGAUUACCUGCCAAGGCGACAGCACCCACUGAACUGCCGCCAUCUGCCACCCGGACAAUAUCACCGCCUCCAUCUAAGGCUACAGCAGCCAAGUCAAUUGUUAAUUCCGACGCGCCAGUCGCUUUGAUGCCCCGUAAACUCAAAAAAGAGCCGUCGACCUAUGCUAGGAGAAUUACGCUCCUAAAGGCACUACACACGCAUAUGAAACCGCAAAAUGACAGACUUCUCAAAGCCACCAAACCAGAAAUAAAGGCGCUGCACCUCAGUCCAAAUCAGUUAAACAAACUGGCAGUUGAUGAGGAAGAAAAGAUCGCCAUAACAAACCCGUCUGUUUACGAGAAUAUACUGAAACAGCGGCUAGUAAAGCUCAAGGGCAUGACACCGGAGGAGUGGGUCAAGGAGAGGCGAGCAGCCAUAGCUUUGGAGAAUGGUGAGCCGCCCAAGAAAGCGCCGCUUAAGAGGGUCGAUACAGGCUUGAAUUCGGAAGAAGAAAUCGCUUUUCUCCGCACACUCAAGUGCGAGCAAAAAGGAUUGGAUGCAUAUGGUUAUGUCACUCAGUUACCGAGUGAUGCCGAAGUGAACGAGACACGUUUGGCUCUCGAGUCAGCGGCUGGGUGGGAAGAAUGCGACCGCUGCAAAACCCGCUUUCAAGUGUUUCCAGACCGCAACGAACAAGGCGCGCUGACGACUGGUGGGGAAUGUAAGUACCAUUGGGGCAGAAUCAUAUACCCCAAAAAGUCCAACGACGCCACAGAAGUGAAGAGACUGUCAUGUUGUAGCGCGGAGGUAGGAUCACCAGGCUGUAGUACGCAUGAAACUCAUGUCUUCAACGUUAAAGACACAAAACGGCUGUCUCUAGUCAUGCCAUUCAUUCAGACACCGGCAAACAACAAGGUUCCCAAGACUUCGGCUGUAUGCUUUGAUUGCGAAAUGGGCUACACCACCAAUGGCUUAGAGUUGCUUCGUCUUACCGUCAUAUCAUGGCCACAACACAAGCCACUCAUCGACGUCCUCGUCCGUCCACUGGGCCAAAUACUGGACUUCAACACGCGCUUCUCUGGCAUUACGCGAGAUCAGUUUGUCAAUGCGAAGGAAUAUGAUCCGGCAAACCCUCAGCCAGUACGCAAAGACCUCCGUAUCAUCGACUCGCCUUAUGCAGCGCGAGAUCUCUUCCUCUCACACGUCUCUCCAGACACUCCUAUUGUAGGACACGCGCUUGAAAACGAUCUCAACACCAUUCGCCUCAUACACCCCUUCAUCAUCGACACAGUGCUCCUCUAUCCAACCCGCCAGGGCCUACCCUUCCGCUUCGGCUUGCGCAAACUAGCCAAGGAGUACCUUGGUGAAGAGAUCCAGCAAGCGGGCGCCGCUGGUCACGACAGCUACGAGGAUGCGCGCACAACGGGCGAGUUAGUGAGACACAAGAUCAAAGUAGAGUGGAAGCUGAAAAAGGUCGAUGGCUUCGAAAUCAGAGAUGGCGGCGUGCACCCACCAAUGCCACCUGGGGCUCCCCCAUCACAGGCUCCCAAUAUGCGCCCGACGAUACCAACGGCAGACAUGACAGGGUUGAUGGGUGCGAAGCCGGCCACUAAGAGGAAGCUGGAAGAUGAAGGAGAGGAAGGCAGCGGUGAAGAACCACCGUUGAAGAAAGUGGAGGUUUAGAAAGUUGUUGGGCCAAUGCUAGUGAUUUGUUGGUGUCAAGAUUCAGACUGGAAAUCAUCAUAUGAAGCUAAUUACAUGAUAGUCUCUGAAGCCUUAACAUGGCGUUUGGGGGGUAUCUGAAUUUCUCGAAACAAGACGCGUAUCUCGCUUCCAACAACGCGUUGGGGAUAUACUCCGGAGUUUGGGCUUCCUCUUUCCUAUUGCGAGUGAAGGAGGUGCUAAGUCAUAUUGUUAGCACUCCACCACACCUCGGAGUACGUAUACCCACUCUCAAUCCAUGCUUUACACUUGCUCCUUCUUCUCUGCUUGUCUUGCACCCAAAUAAUGGAAUCUUGACUUAUCGUCCUCUUGA